UUUCAGACAUACUGAGCCUUCUUUUAGAAAACAUUCUAUUUUUUUACUUAUUUUUGGCAAUCAUAGGUCACAACUCCUUGUGGUUAUGUUGUUUAAUAAACAGGCGCUGAAUCCAAUUGAUACUCCAUAUUCUAACUUUAAAAAUAACAUCAUGAAGAGACAGACCACUGAAAUGCCUGUUGCCAGUAGCCCAAUUACCACGAGAGGGCAGCAAGUCUCCACUGGAAAUUGUGCUGCUCACCUUUUUGGGGAGGACCAUUCUCUUGAUGAGACGGAUGCUUCUGGAUCAGAGCUGGAGAGAACACAGGAGGAAGAAACGAUGAUUCUUAGUAAGAAUAAAGUAUACUCACGCUCCCUGCGUCUGCAGCCCUUUUUUUAUCCCCAUGAGGAAAGUUCGCAGGACCAGAGUGGGGUGCAGGAUGUGCUCCUGGCUGACUCCUUCUUUGCAGGCUGCGGGGAUGGAAGUCCGGGAGAGGCUUCGGCGCCUCCUCAGCGGCCCGGGGACAGGAAGCGCCUCGCGCCGCAGCCGGAGCGGAAGAUGCAUCUCACGGGCCUGCGGGAUGACUACUGGAAAAAGAAUGAACAAAACCGCCUUUGGCUGUUUAGUUCAACUUUUUGUAGGGUUAAGAGGAAGUACCUUCCUCCCUCCGUCCCUUCUUCUCUUCCUUCCUUCUUUCUUUCCUUCCUACUUUCCUUCCUUCCUUCCUUCCUUCCCUCCUUCCUUCCCCUUCCUCUCUCCUUUUUUCCCUCCUUCUCAUCUAACUUUCUUUGUUCCGUAAUUCCUCCUUCUUUCCUUCCAGAUCUAAACAUCCUAGACUGGAAUUCUGAAGGUCUUCUUGCUCUUGCCCUUGGGUCUGCUGUACACAUCUGGAAUGGUGAAAGCCAUGAUGGAAUGGGAAGCAUAGACUUGAGCCCCUAUUGCAACUACAUCUCCUCAAUUUCCUGGACAAAGGAGGGAGGUUACCUGGCCAUUGGCACCAGUGAGGGAGAAGUACAAUUAUGGGAUGUCAUGACUAAAAAAAGGCUGAGAAAUAUGGUUGGUCAUAUUUCAGUAGUUGGGGCUUUGAGCUGGAAUCACUGUGUCCUCAGCAGUGGUUCAAGAUUGGGCCGUAUUCAUCAUUAUGAUGUUCGAGUAGCUCAGCAUCACAUUGGAACACUUGGCCAUAAGCGAGCUAUAUGUGCCCUGAAGUGGUCACCAAGUGGUAAGCUGCUUUCCAGUGGUUGUACUGAUGGACUAUUGAAUAUAUGGUCCUAUGAUCCUGGUGUGGGCAAAUCCUGUCAACCACUAAAAGUCUUCCAUCAUUCUACGUCAGUUAAGGCCAUGAACUGGUGUCCUUGGCAGUCUGAAAUCCUUGCUGUUGGGGGAGGAAUGAAAGAUGGACACUUACAUGUCUGGGAUAUAAACAGAGAGAACAGUAUCCAAAGUCCAUGUACAAAAUCACAGAUUUGUUCUCUGAUCUGGUUACCUAAGACAAAAGAGAUUGCCACUGGCCAUGGUACUCCUAGAAAUGAAGUGACUUUAUGGAGCUGCCCUGUUCUGACUCAGUCUGAUAGAUUUUUUGACCACAGAGGCAGAGUAUUGCACCUGGCCCUGAGUCCAGAUCAGAGCAAGAUUUUUUCAGUAGCAGCUGAUGGAACAGCCUGUAUGUGGAAAUGCUGUUAAUCUGGUCAAAGGAGACAGGGAUUGAUGGAGUCUCUACCUUUGGGGUUCUGUUAUAGCUGCCUAUAGCAGACACUCCCCAGUUCUGUCAGAUUCAGGGGAACAGCAACAACCCAGCCUGGGAGCAUAGUUUAUGUCACAGAUGAGUUGCUUUUAUCAGUGCCCCUGUUUUCUCACACACCUCUAGAAAGAAAAGACGUGAUGAGAAACCCACUCUCCACUUCCUUAGAUACCCAACCAUUUGUGCAGAAUGCCUCUCUCUUGUUUUUGAAACCACCUGAAACUGUAUCUCUGUUCCUAUAAAAUGAUGUAAUCAA